ACAGAAGAAGAAGUAGAGGCGGACCUGCCCGCCAAUUUCGAAGGAUAAACACAAACAGCGUCGACCUCUUUUCUCUCAGUCUAUCAUGAAGAAAGUUCACUUUACCACAUAACGGCCAACAUUUCUUAAUCGACAAUGAAUUCCAGUGGAAAAGGAUGUGGCGACUCAAGCCAACUUGCUGCCAGUAAUGACAGUGAUUCCAUCAAAGUUUUUGUGCGAGUACGACCUCUGACUCAGUGCACUGGGCUGACCACAGAUGGAGAUCAGAAGCUGUGUCUCACAGUCACCUCACCCAACACCAUCCGUCUGUUAUCAAAACCAGAGCCACGAACCUUCACUUAUGAUCAUGUUGCUGACAUGGACACAUCACAGGACUCUGUGUUCUCCAGUGUGGCCAAGAACAUUGUUGAGUCUUGCAUGAAUGGAUACAAUGGUACUAUAUUUGCCUAUGGACAAACUGGCUCAGGGAAAACAUUCACCAUGCUUGGGCCAUCUGAGCUGGAUAACUUCACAGAUGAACUCAGAGGGGUUAUUCCUCGAAGUUUUGAGUACCUGUUUUUUCUCAUCAACAGAGAAGUGGAAAGGUCUGGCCAGUCCAAGAGUUUCCUUUGCAAAUGUUCAUUUAUUGAGAUAUACAAUGAACAAAUUUAUGACCUUCUGGACACAGCGUCAGCCAGCCUUUUCCUCAGGGAGAACAUCAAGAAAGGAUUAUUUGUCGAGGGAGCUGUGGAGAAGUUUGUCAACUCAGCUGCUGAAGCCUACCAGGUGCUGUCCAUGGGCUGGCGUAAUCGAAGAGUGGCCUCCACUUCCAUGAACCGAGAGUCUUCUAGAUCUCACGCAGUGUUCACCAUGACCUUGGAGUCCAAAGAGUCCAUCAAUGAAGUGGUGAACAUCCGAACGUCUCAGUUGAACCUGGUAGACCUUGCAGGGUCUGAGAGGCAGAAAGACACACACGCAGAAGGCUCCAGGCUCAAGGAGGCCAGCAGUAUCAAUCGCUCCCUCAUGUGUCUCGGUCAGGUGAUCAUGGCACUGGUUGAUGUGUCCAAUGGGAAGAACCGCCACAUCUGCUACAGAGAUUCUAAACUCACCUUCUUGCUAAGGGACUCUCUUGGAGGAAAUGCAAAGACUUACAUCAUAGCCAAUGUACAUCCCGGUUCAAAGUGUUUUGGAGAAACACUGUCCACCCUGCAGUUUGCUCAGAGGGCAAAGCUGAUCAAGAAUAAGGCCAUCAUCAAUGAAGACACACAGGGAAAUGUGAGGCAGUUACAAGCUGAGGUGAAGAAGCUGAAGGAGCAGCUUGCACAGGCACUAACUUCUCGGGCAGUGGACUAUGGGAGAGAUGUAGCGCCAGGAGGACCUGAACUCCCCAGAGGUCCAUCCGCAGAAAUUCAACAUGACGUUUCAUACAAAGCAAAGUUCAUGGCUGCUGUUCGUCUGUGGAGGAGGCGAGAAGAGGAGAAGAGGAUGCUGCUGGAGAAAGUGUCUCAGCUCGAGGAGGCCUGGACCCAGAAAGACAAGUUCAUCCACUCCAGCCGAAUGAUUGUCAAGUUUCGAGAGGACCACAUCUAUCGCCUUGAGAAAAAAUUGAAGGCAGGACAAGGCUUACCGUCAGACAAGGAGUCUCAGGCUCUGAUUGACCAGCUAAAAGAAGAGAUAAAGAUCUUAAGAGAUCAGGUUGAACAUCACCCAAAGAUGACUCGAUAUGCAGCGGAAAACUUCAGCCUCAGAGAGGAGAACCGCCAACUUCGCUCUCUUGAAUCAGUGGUGAAAGCUCAAGAAGCUGCAGUCCAAAUUUCUACUGAGCUGGAAGAGGCCUUCCAAAGCGCCGUGGAGACAGACAGAUGCACAGAGACUUCAGCAGCCUCUUCAACCCCUGCGGCUGACACUGCCUCGGUAGCUACUAUUGAGAAGCUGAAGGCUCAGCUGCUUCAGAAACAGUCCGACCUCACAGGUGCCCUUCAGGCCUUUGAGGAGUACAAAGAAGUCACAAAGAAACAGAUGUCUCAGCUGCAGUCUGAGAAAAGAUACCUUGAAAAGUCCAACAGGCAUUUGGAAAACAUUUUGGAAGCCACAAACGCUCACAAAAACCGGGAGGUCUCCGAGCUGAACAGAAUUCACGUUGAGACUAUAAAGAUUCUCACCACACCCACCAAAGCAUACAACUUGCGGACCCGUCUCGUGCCUCUCUCCAGCCCUGAACACCUGAAUGGGAAAGAUGAUAAUGCAGAAGACAUCUGGACCGAGCCGCCUCCUUCAGACAUGACUGAGAUGGCCUUGACUGAGGAGCUGCGUCAAGUUCAGGAUCAGGUUAGCCGUGUCCAGACGCAGUUUAAUGAGGAGGAGCUGAAGAACACCAAGCUUGUGCAGCAAAUUGCAAAACUUGAGGAGCAGAUUGCUGUGAUGGCACAAGAGUCUGACCACAAAGAUGAGCUGCUUUCUACGGAGAGAGCUAACAGGAACAGAGAUCAGGUCAACCUGCAAGAAACUGUCAGUGAGCUGCAACAGAGCCUUCAGUCUGAACAACAAGCUGCAGAAGUGCUGAAGACUGAGAUCCGUGAUCUACGUCUGCUGCUGCAGUCGUCCGAUAAGGAGCUGGCCACUGUAAGGAACGAGCUGAGAGAUGGCCAGAGCGAGCAGCAGAAAGAGAUGAGCCAGCUCUCCAACAGUCUGAUCAGCACACAGCUUCAACUUGACAAAGUCCAGCUGGAAUGGGAGCAGCUUCUGGAGCAGCAUCGAACACUGCAGGACUCAUUUGACCAGCUCCAAGCCGAGGCCAAGUUUGAGGCCGAUCAGGCAAGACAGCAGCUGCAGGACAGGCAGCAGGAGAUCGAUGAGCUGAAGGCGCAGCUCACGGAGUUGAAUAGCUCUCUGCAGACUGAGCAGGAGCACACAAGCACCCUGAUCUCCCAGUUAAGGGAAAACACAGAGAGUACAUCAAAGGAACUUAUUGAAACAGUGGAGCAGAAUACACAGCUUAGAAAACAAGUUUCAGACCUGACGGUACAGACUCAACAACAGGUAUCCAAAAUUGUGGAUCUUGAGCAGAAUGUGAACUCUGCCAACGAAACAAUUAAAGGCUUGGAGCAGAAGAUUGAACAGGACAAAGAUGUUGUAUUAGAUCUGAUGAACCAAACCAGAGAGAGCCGUAGUGAGCUGAGCCAGAAAGACCAGACCAUUACUCACCUGUCUGAAGACAUCAAAGACAUCACGGCCAAGUACAAUGCAACCUCUCUUGAGAGGGAUUAUAUCCGGGAGCAAAACUCUAAGAUGCAGGCAGAAAUCUGUGACCUGAAAGAAGCUUUAGAUAGAGGGGUAGCAUCCAACAAAAUAGAGGUGGAGGUGUUGCAGGAGGAGGUCAUUUAUGCCACCGAGGAGGUUGAGAGACUCACAAAGGUCUUAGAUGAGCAGAACAGCCUUCUCCAAGCAUCUCAAGAGCAAACAGCCCAGAAGGACAUCAUGAUACAGAAUCUACAGCAGAAGGUGCAACAACAGCAAGAAGCUGUUGAAAGAACUAUCAGAAAUGGAAGUUUUAAACCCCUUGCAGAGCUGACAGUCACACCUAAAUCACUGCCUCGGACUCCCUGCACUCCGGGAAGUUUCAACAGGGACCUGACCCAGGUGAUAGAGAGCCAGGAGAGGGAGUUGGAGAAUCGACGCUCCUCCAUGAUGACCAUGGAGAUUCUUUUAACAGAGCUCAAUGCUGAGAGGGCGGCCAAGAAUGAAGAGAUCCAAAGGCUUAAGACGCAGCUGACUGAGAAAGAGAUGGUCCGAAUUGAGAUCCAGGCUUUACUUGACCAGUUUUACACCAAGCAUAGCCAGCAGGAUCCAAAUGGAAACAAUAAUAGUGAGAAGUUGAAGGAAAGCAUCACACAAACUGUACUUAAAGACCUCCAGGAGGAGAGAGCAGAGAAGAACAAAGUAAUGGAGAAGCUGUGUGAUACAAAGAAACAACUGCAGGCGCAGGAGUCUAUGUUGGCCCAGUCUCAAACCUGCGUUCAGGAGCUGACCACUGAGCUGAGGAACCGCUGUCUGCAGCUGAGAGACCUGAGUGAGAGGAUGCAGGAUGAGGAGAAACUUCUCCAGGAGAACGAGGUUCUCCGUAAGCAGAAUGUUAAGCUGUCGGAGGAGAAUGGAAAACUGGUGGGGCAUAAGAACCACAAACAGAGGAUUGAAUAUCUGGUGAAGCUAAAAAAGGACAACACCAAACUUCAAGAGGAAAAUGAAAAGCUCAGAACGGAGAUCAUCUUGAUGCGAGACAGCAUUGGAUGUCCGCCAAUGGAGAUGACGUAAACCCCUGGUUUUUAAGUAUUUUAAUGGGGGUGCAUCUUUCCCAGUCGUAAGGCGUGAAAGGCAUUAAGGGAAUGUGCAGUGAUGAUGUUGCUCAUUACAGGUGUUCAUUUUUUUUUUUUUACCUCUUACAAAGUUUUGCCUUGAGGCAUACUGUACAUACAUACUGUAUCUUACAUUGAUCUGCCAUUACAGUAGCAUGGACAGACCCACUGUGACAAAAACUCCUUUAGUCCAGCCCCAUCUUGUCUCUGCAGUGUUGGGUUGCUUUGGAUGGGCAUCAAUACAACUAAUCACAUUGUUCUCAGGCUACAUUGAAAUUACAACAGUGCUGAAUAUCAUAAUGUGAAGACGGAACAUUUUAGGUGCUUUUAUCUCAGGCUGUAAUUGUUUACUGACCAUCUGUGUUUUAUCCAUGUAUUUUCCCAUCAUACUGAGGUGUGUAGCCACUGAGUUUUAGCAUAAUGAACCUUUUUUAUUUGUUUUUAAAUACAUAAUUAAAAAAAACAAACUCCAAAGCUUAAA